UUUUUUUUUACAAACCAUUCUCUUCGCUUUUCAUUCUUGUAUAAACAUACACAAACAUCAACGCAAACAGGGACAUAAAACCCUCAAAUAAAUACACUCUUUUCCUUUUUAUAUCUUCCCUAUGGCGACUUCUACAGUUGCCGGAUCCAACGGCAAAUCUCGAAUGACCUCCCACCGACGAGGGAAGGCUAAAUCAUCACCAACAAGCAACGGCAACGGCAACGGCAACGGCUUGAUUCAACACGAUGAAACUCAGGAAACAUCUCAUUCAGAUUUCAGUAAUGGCUCGUCCAGGGCUUCAAGUCCGAUUCCCACUCAACAUGCUCACAUUUCUGAAUUUGAACAAACCUAUGUUAAUGAAGAUCACAUGCAACAAUUUCGGCAAGCACUCGAGGACAGUGUUCGUAGUGAAACCUCGGCGGAACUGAUCUCUGCGGUGACCGAUUUUAUGCCAGUUCAACAAGCAUCAUCAAAACGUGCACGGAGUCGCAAGACUCCCAGGAUAUACAAAGGCUAUAGUUACACCCUCUUAAGAAUACCUCUCAUGGUCUUGAUUUUCAGUAUCGUUGCUGUAGAGUUAUGGAUAUAUAUCUGUGUCCGACAGAUCGUCAAUCUCUGGGAAUAUUUUGUUACAUGGCGUGGGCGUCGUAAUCAACUUCGGAAGGAACUUCGUAAUGCAACAACAUAUAGCGACUGGAAGGCCGCAGCUCAAAGAUUGGAUACCUACAUGAAGAAGGAUGACUGGAAAAACGAUCCCAACUUUGGUUAUUACGACUACCAUCUUCUAUCAAGGGUUAACAGGAAUCUUCGACUUGCCCGAGAAGCAAACAGGGUCGAUGAACUCAAAGACCAUUUGCAAGGUGUAGUCAAGUCCAACUUUGGUGGCGUUGAAAACGCACGACUUUACUCACAGACAUACCAUGGCACCAAGAAGCCUAUUGAAGAAUAUGUUCGUGAAGUAACGACAUCACUGCAGGCCGUGGUAGAAUCAAAGCAACUUACAGACGAAGAAAAACGGGUAUUCUUCAAGAGUAUUCACAAGAACUACGGUCGAACCGCACUCUGUCUUUCAGGUGGAGCAGGAUUUGGUUAUUACCAUUUAGGUGUAGUGCGCGCUCUUCUUCAGGCAGGAGUUUUGCCAACCGUCAUCACUGGAACAAGUGCUGGAGCUUUGAUGGCUGCUCUGGUGUGUUGUCACACAGAUGAGGAACUUAACGAGGUUCUUGUUCCAGAACUCGCGCACAAAUUUACUGCUUGCGCAGACAGCAUCUUUACUUGGCUUCCUCGCCUUAUCCGGAAAGGCGCACGAUUCGAUGCAGAGGACUGGGCACGCAAGGCGCAAUGGGUGACUAAAGGCGGAUUGACUUUCCUGGAGGCAUAUGAACGUACAGGACGCAUUCUUAACGUUUCAGUAGUCCCAUAUGAUCCCCAUUCGCCACCGAAACUUCUUAACUAUUUGACGGCCCCAGAUUGUGUUGUUUGGUCAGCGGUAAUUGCGAGCGCUGCUAUUCCAGGAAUCUUAAAUCCGGUGGUAUUGAUGCGCAAGCGUCCUGAUGGGAAGUUGGUGCCAUUCAGUUAUGGAGGGCGUGGCUUCAAGGACGGAUCCUUGCGGGCAGAUAUCCCUCUUCAGGCUCUUCACACCCAUUUCAACGUCAACUAUACCAUUGUCUCUCAGGUGAACCCGCAUAUACAUCUAUUCUUCUAUGGUUCUAGAGGCAGCAUUGGCCGUCCGGUGAGCCACUUGUAUGGUGAAGGCUGGCGCGGAGGGUUCUUGGCAGCAUCUAUUGAGCAGUUCCUGAAGCUUGAUUUGUCAAAAUGGCUCAAGGUGCUUCGUGAUUUGGAGUUGUUGCCUAAGGUGAUGAACCAAGACUGGUCGUGGAUCUGGCUACAGAAAUUCGAUGGACAUGUUACCAUCCUUCCAAAAUCAGGGAUUUCUGAUUGGUUUAAUAUAAUAUCAGAUCCAGAUGAAGGCCGUCUGCAACACUGCCUGACAGUAGGCGAGCGACAAACCUUCCCCAAGCUUCACAUGAUUGCUAAUCGUAUGAGGAUUGAGCAAAUGAUUGCAGAAUGCCGCUCGGAAAUUAAGAAGAAAUUGGACCGAAAGGUCCAUGGUCGAAACCUUCGAGAUGCAGGCAACUCGAGAGUAUUGUCAGAGGACAGCGAGAAUACAAUUUGCUCCAGGAUGAAUUCGUUUAGAGAUGCAUACAGUCAAGCGGGGGAUGCCUAUCCAGAGGGCAAAACAAGGAAAAGACGUGUUGCUUCUUGGCCAGGGUUGCGGUACGCUCUUGGCCAGGAAUCUUUAGGAGACUAUGACGCUCUGAAAGCAAAGUUCGCCCAUCGGGAUGAAGACGAAAACGUUAACGAUAUAGAAUCAUAUGUAGAAGAGAAGGAUUAUGAAGAUGAAGAUGAAGGCAUGGGUAUGGAGGAACGCUACGACUAGAGGAUAUCUCGCCAGUAAAUGAUCCUCAUAGAAAUAAAAUUACAAUGCCUUAGCUACCGU